AUGUAAGAAUAGCAUUUUAAGAAAAUAAAUCAAUACUACUUUUAAAAAGUAAUAGGAAGUGUAAGUUAUAUUUAGAUAUUUUAAGGGGGCUUUUGGAAUAGUGUAUUUAGGAUGGGAUGAUAACUUUAAAAGAUAAGUAGCGAUUAAGGAAAUCAACAUUUCAAAGUUUGACCUUGAUUUUAUAUAAGAUAAGAGAUAAUAUUAAAUGAUUGAAAAAGAAAUAGAAAUUUGCAAGAGGUUGAAAGAUAAAAAUAUAGUUGAAUUGUAUGAUAGUUUUAAGGCUGACAAAUAUAUUUAUAUUAUUUUUGAGUAUUGUAGUAAUGGUGAUUUAGAAAUAUUAUUUAAAAAAAAUAAAUUUUCAGAAGAAGAGGUAAAAGCAAUAUUUUAAUAAAUAAUUGGAGGAAUAAAAUAUUUAUAUCAAUAGAAAGUAGUACACAGAGAUAUUAAACUUGCAAAUAUUUAUAUAAAUUAGGAGUGGAUAAUAAAAUUAGGUGAUUUUGGUUUUGCAAGAGAUUUUGAUAAUUAAAUGUAAUCAUAUUGUGGGACUCCGAUUACAAUGGCUCCUGAAAUAAUAUGUGGAAAGGGAGAAUAUGAUGAAAAAUGUGAUAUUUGGUCUUUAGGAAUGAUUUUAUAUAUCAUGACUUUUGGUAAUAGCUAUUUGUAAUAAUUUAUUACAUAAAAAACAUCACUUAAAUAAUUUUCAGAGAUAGUAUAAAAAUAAGAAGUAUAUAUAAUAAUUAAAAUAAAAGGUUAUAUAUCCAGCUAAGAUAUAGAUUUCUUAAGAAUUGAGAGAUUUAUUUUCAAAGAUGCUUUAAGUAGAUUCUAAAAAGAGAAUAAGUUAUUAAGAAUUAUUUGAACAUAUUUGGAUUAAUGAAGGGAAAAAUGAUAGUUUUAAAAAGAGUAUACGAUUUAUAUCUAAGAGAAUGAAUUCAGGAGAAAUAAGUGAUAUUAGGAUUCCUUUAUCAUUAACAAUAAAUGAAUAAUUAAGUUAUUAGUUUGGUUAAUUUUGGAUAGAGAGAAACGAAAUUAUAGAAAAUAUUAGAGAUAUGUUAAAUGUGUGUUAAAAUAUUGAUAAUGUUAUAAAACUUUGUGAAAAAUUCUUAAAGAAACUAAGGUUUUCAUAAAAUAAUUACUAAAUAACAUUAAUAUUGAAAGAUUAAAGUAGAGUUUUUUAGGAAGGUAAAGUAAAGAUAUUUGAUAUAAAAUUCAAAUUAGUUUAUUUACUAUUGAAAAUUAUGUUGGAAUUAAUAAAGACAGAUAAUGUUACAAUGGAAAGAUUAAUGAAAGUCCAAAAACUAUUUGAAAUGAUUUAAAAGACUAAUAUUACAAAUAUGAUAAUAAUCAAAAUAACAAAAGAAUAAAUAUAAAACUUGAAUGAUUAGGAAUUAAAUUAGUAAUUUGAAUAAUUAGGUGAUGAAUUAAGAGAAAUAAUGAUUUAAUAAUAAGCAAGACAGUUAUAAAGACCACAUAAGAGAGAAUAUGAAAUAUUAUUUGAAAACAUGUAAUUAGAGUAAUCGACUUUAAGGAUGUUGGAAACCGUAAUUUACAAUUAAGUGCUACUAAGAAAUGAAAAAAUAUGA